ACAGAAAGGUAUCAAUAAUGAGCCUCCUUGCUAGGCAAAGUUGUAACCUAUUACAAAAUAAGGCCCUUUCCAAAUUUAUCUGUUUUUUCCAUGGUUCUCAGUGUUUUUCCCAAGAAAAUGUACAUAAAAACAAAAAACCCUGUUCUCAAACAACUAGAAAAGAUAAAAAAGUCCCUCCAUCAUCAAAAUAUCAACAGACAGUUUUUCUGCCUUCCACUAAGUUGCCAUUGAGGGUCAAGGACAUCUUAGAACAUGAACUUCAAAUACAGAAGGAGUUUGAGUGGAAUAAACAGUAUGAGAGGCAGUAUAUGCAGACAGAGAGGAGAGCAGAAUUUGUUCUCCAUGAUGGUCCUCCUUAUGCUAAUGGCAGCCUACAUAUUGGCCAUGCUCUCAACAAGAUUUUGAAAGACAUAACGGUUCGCCAGAAAUUGAUAGAAGGAUUCAAGGUGCAUUACAAGCCUGGCUGGGACUGUCAUGGCCUGCCCAUUGAAUUGCAAGCCAUGAAAAUGGGAUCUUCACCAGGAGCUGGUGUGAAGAGCCUCUCACCUUUGGAGCUUCGUAAAAUAUCUCGCCAAUUUGCCGAGUCUUGCGUCAAGGAGCAGAAGAAGACUUUUGAACGCUGGGGCGUUUUGGGUGACUGGAACAAUGCUUACCUCACAGCCCAGCCCAGCUAUGUUGCUCGGCAACUCAGGCUCUUUGACAGGCUCAAGAAGAAAGGCCUGAUAUUCCAGGCUCACAUGCCGGUAUUCUACUCGCCCUCCUCGCGGACGACGUUGGCAGAAGCAGAGCUUGUGUACAAGGAUGAUCACAUCAGUCCAGACCUCACCUUAGCACUGCGCUGUGCAAGCUUUUCUACACGUCUUAAGGAGACGCUAUCGUCUCUGGGAGCCGACACUUUGCACUUGCCAGUUUUCACGACGACUCCCUGGACACUUCCUUUCAACCGCGCGGUGUGCUACAACCCCAAGCUGCCGUACUGCCUGGUCGCUCUCUCGCGCGGUGACAAGCGCGUCGUCGGUCUGUGGGCCAAGCAGCUUCUGCCGAGCAUCGACACAACGGGCUGGCAUUGGCAGCACCUUGCGGACAUCAACAUUGAGGAGCUUGAGGCGGUACACUACCAUCAUCCUCUCGAUACUAGUCAGCUCUGCCCUCUGUUACCAAGUGACCACGUAACCGCUGAGCGCGGGACCGGUCUUGUGCACACGGCGCCUGCGCACGGCCAAGAAGAUUACCUGGUGGGGGUUGACCACGGCCUGCAGCUGACCAGCGCUGUAGGCGACGAUGGUUGCUACGAGGAAAGCCUGGGACCUCCGUUGGCUGGACUGUCGGUGCUGGAGGAGGGCAACGCUGCAGUACUCUCGUUGCUAGAUGAAACUAGCAAAACAAACCAGGAAGCAUUGGUGUUGCGCGCUGGCGAGAUGCGUCACUCGUACCCAUACGACUGGCGCACGGGCAAGCCUGUCAUGAUACGUGCCACUAAGCAGUGGUUCGUCAACACGCAGGCAGUGCGCGACGAUGCUAUGAGUUGCCUCGAGGGAGUGAGAAUUUUCCCCAAUGAUGGACAGGGGAAGAAGAAUUUUGGCCAGCAUCUGCAGCGGCGUCACUGGUGCAUCUCCCGACAGCGCGUGUGGGGCGUGCCGCUGCCCGUCUUCUACGACGCUUGCACCGGAGACCUCAUUGAGCACGAUGACAUAGUCAAGCACGUAAGUGACAUCAUUGAACGCGAAGGCAGCGACGCCUGGUGGAGGCUAAGCGAGCGCGAGCUGCUGCCGCCCGUGCUCGUUCAGAGCUACGACGCCCGGGGAGAAACCCUGCCUGUCAAAGGCAGUGACAUCCUGGAUAUUUGGAUGGACAGCGGCGUUACAUGGCUGGAGUUGGGAGGCCGGACUGCGGACCUCGUCAUCGAGGGCUUGGAUCAGUACAGAGGCUGGUUCCAGUCCACGCUUGUCACGUCCGUGGCUGACAGGGGCACCGCUCCAUUCAAGAGAAUACUGGUUCAUGGUUUCACUGUGGAUGAGCACGGCCGCAAGAUGAGCAAGAGUGCCGGCAACGUGGUGGACCCUAAGACCAUCACUGAGGGUAGCGCCGAUAUUAAGGGGCGUGGCACUGACCUACUCAGAUGGUGGGUGUGCAGAACUGGAACUCUUCACAAAACUCCCACCUGCGGAGAGAACAUUCUUGCUUCGUAUAACGAAGAAGUUCAGCGGCUGCGAUCCAUAAUGAGGUUCAUGUUGGGAUGUCUUUCCGACUACGACCCUGCAAAGGACGCGCCCAACUUCUCAGAUUUAUCCAUGACCGAUCGCUUCGCUCUUCAUCGGCUCUUUGCUUAUGACCAGAAUGCAUGGAUUAACUACGAGCUACUACAAUAUCACAACGUUGCUCGAGAAACGGUCAACUUCAUCACCACUCAACUUUCUCAACUUUAUUUCCCGUCUAUAAAACAUCGGCUGUACUGCAGUCCUCGCAACAGUUUGGAGCGACGCAGCGCGCAGCACGUAUUGCACUGCGUGUUGCAGUGUCUUCUGCUCACGAUGACUCCCAUCGUACCGCACCUUACACACGACGUUGCUAGGCAUUUAACUCCAGGAGAGUCCCCUCAACUGAAAAUAAGAUCCCCUCUGCCGCUGGAAUACCAUGACCCCCACCUGGAAGAACUCCUGGCGCCGUGUCUGCGUGUCAGGGAGCAGCUCUUCAGUCUGCACGCUCUCAGCGGCCUCGCUUUCCGCACCACCAAACUUGAUCUUACUUUAUCCGCCGAUUCUCCAGCCUAUGAAGCACUCACCAAACUACAGAGCGAGAGCUACUCAGACUCGUCCAUAUUGUGCGACAUUCUUCAAGUAGCGAGCGUCACCAUCAUCCGUCAAUCAACAGAUAAUUUAACUGGGAAGGAGGACGAAGUGUCUCUAUCGAUAUCGGAAAGCCCGUUACAGUCGUGUUUGCGAUGCCGGAAGGUGCGCGCCGCACUCGGCAGCGAGCUGUGCCGAGAGUGCGAUCUCUACAUCCACAACCACUGCAGUGAAACGCCCGCCGAGUUAUAAGAGUCCCCCUCCUCGCGACUUGCCUGCGGGUAUUGGACAGGACCCUCCGGGCAACGUGUAGCAGAACCUGACCGCUCCUGAUGCAUUUGAACAUCCCGAUGACCUCACCAUGACUCGCCCCUGCCACGCUCGCACCGUUGAUAGCCAGGAUCUCGUCUCCUAUGAUAACAAAUAGGAUUAUUAAUAAGAAUAUCUCGGAUUAUUAUUCAACGCGCAUUCGUUUAUCCCAAUUACAUGGUUAUUACGUUAAAUUGGUUACACAGUGUUCCAUCUUUAAUUUAUAUGGAAAAUGUAUCCUGGUUAAAGUUUGUUAAUCGGGACUUAUCUGAUGAAAAUGUAUCUAAAAAGCCUAUAAAGAUAUUAUGUAGGCUGAAAAUGAACCUAAAAAGUCUGUAAACCCUACACUAUUCGCUUCUAAGUAAAUAAAUUCAUCUCUUCCAUC